AUGGCUUCACAAACGAGGGGAGGAAUUUGGAGAACGGCGUCGCUAGGGGUUGCUUGGUUCGUGCGGCCGCUUCGCGCCUGCGCGCGUAGUUCGCGCCACUGCUACGUCGCUUGCAAGCCAGAUGUUCUGAAAAGCUUCCUGUCGUCGUUACUACUCGAUAAUGUAGCGUUUGCGUCGAAAACAUUAAAUGUCGUUUUAUGGUUCUGUAUUCGGAUAUCGUUCGCUUACACCUUUCCGAUGCCGAGGGGGGUGAAGCGAGGAGCGGCGGAAGGCGAAGCUGAGGUGGUGGUACGCGUCGGGGCUUCUCCGUCGCACACCACGCUCCUGGACGACAGCCCUAGCCAGCCCAUAAGCUACCACCUGCUCGACCAUGGCUAUGGGGCCACACCUCAACACCAGAUACGCCGGGAGGCGCCCACCGCACCGCCGAAGACAUCUGAAGCGGUGAAACGUAGACUGAACCUGAGCGAGAGUAGUUCAGGCAGCCAGGGUCACGUGGUGCCGAUGAAGGCUGACUUCAAGACGCCCAAACAGAAACGCGUCAAAGUACUAACCCCGUACAGCCGACCGUCCAGUUCUAUGAAAAAAUACACAGAACGCUCCAGGUUUGACACGUCAUUAGGUCUACUGACGAAAAAGUUUGUAGCUCUCCUCAAGUCGUCGCCGAACGGUGUCUUAGAUCUUAACAUAGCAGCUGAACAUCUCUCAGUACAGAAACGUCGAAUAUACGACAUCACUAACGUGUUAGAGGGGAUAGGAAUAUUAGAGAAGAGAUCCAAAAAUAAUAUACAAUGGAAAUGUGGUGUAGGAGGUGGAGGCGUGAACGAAGAGAACCGCGUCCGUCGUCUGCGGCGCGAGGUGCGGUCUUUGUCCGGGCGGGAGGCGCGCGUGACUCGAGCGGUGGCCGCCGCCGAGCAGGCGCUGUCCCGACUGUCAGCGGAGCACGGCGCGAGGGCCUACAUCACGUACGCCGACCUCAGGUCCAUUAAGGACUUUAGAAAUCAAACCGUCAUACCCAUCAAGGCCCCGCCGGACACCAGGCUCAGUGUACCACAUCCAGAUGAGAAAGGGUAUACGAUACAUCUCAAAUCAAUUUCUGGAGAAAUAGAAGUGUACCUCUGUCCUAAAGAACGUCCGCCCACGCCGCCGCCCUCAUCUGGUGUGUUACCAUCGGAUCCAUUGUUGGAGGAUAACAAAGCACUCCUGGCUCCGCUCAUCGCUCAGCUUCAAACACUACCCUCUAGUUCCAUCUCAGCCGCCUUCACAACACCAAUAAAGCGUGAGCCGGAUGAAGGCGCGUGGUCCCGUAGCCUCGUGGUUCGUACUCCGUGCGUCACGGACCCCACCCUGCCGUUGACCCCGGCGUUAUCGACCCCCGCAGCGCCCACCACGCCAGUCGGACCAGCGGCGCCCACCACGCCAACUACGCCCGCACACGCCAAUAUGACCACACCUGAUACGGGAGGCGCGCGUGGUCGUCUUCGGAACGCAUUGAUAGCGGACAGCGACGACUUCGCGCCCAUCAUGGGCGGUGGGCGGUUCCAGUUACAGACUGAGGACCAGGAGUCAGAGCAAAUGGAGUUGGAACCGUUCCUGCCCUUGGAGCCGCCGAUGUCAGCCAACGACUACGGCUUCUGUCUCGACCACGACGAGGGCUUGUCGGAACUGUUUGACUUUGAGUUCUAG